UGUUGGACUAAAACCAUAAACGAGCCUCACUUCAACAUGAUAGUUCAUCCUUCAUCCAGUACUUUCUAGGUCGACAUUUGGAUCGGUUUUAGGGUUUCAGGCGAGAAAAUGCUUUUUCUAAUUAGCCUUUUGUUCCUUCUGCUUGGCAAGCAGGCUUUUGGUAACAAUGAAAGCGAUACAAAUGUCAAUUAUGCUUUUGUAGCUGGUCGUGUCUUCCCACCAGACGACCAGCUAAGCACAUCCUGGCUGUUGGAGACAGACGUCCACCUCAAAGGAGCCAUACAGAAGGGUUUUAUAAGGGAGGAUGGAUCUUUUGUGUUUACCAAUGUACCCCCAGGCUCUUAUAUAGUCGAAGUGACAAAUCCAAGCUAUUACUACGAGCCGGUGAGAGUCGAGAUCAACUCGAAGGGAAAGAUCAGAGCUAGGAAGGUCAACUAUAUUCAGACAUCGCAAGUACUCCAUGUGCCUUACCCGCUCAAGAUGAAACCGUUCUCGCCAAUCCGUUAUUUCCAGAUCAGAGAGCAAUGGAGAAUAAUCGAUUUCCUGUUUAACCCUAUGGUUUUGAUGAUGGUACUUCCUUUGCUGCUGGUCAUGCUGUUGCCCAGGGUUAUGAACGAUCCUGAAGCGAAAAAAGAAAUGGAACAGUUCAACAACCUCACCAAGUACGACAUGCCCGAGAUGUCCGAAAUGAUCACAUCAUUUUUUGGCGGCGGGAAUCAACCGAAGCCUCGCGCCAUCAAACAGUCAAAAAAGAGCUCAAAAGCAAAUUCUUAAAUGAUGAACAUUCCUUACAGUUGACUUUUUUUUAUAGCCACGAUUUUGCAAAUUUUAUGUCCAAAGUACUUGUCUCACUAACAUAAACACAUCUAGUCUCCUUUUUUGUUUUUUGUAAUAGAAUAAAUAAUUGUG